AUGGCCUCCCGUGCCCUUGUCUCGGGUCUACCCCGGUCCCUCCCUCCCCUUCCUCCGGGGCCUGCCCCCACCUGUGUUCCUUAUGUCGAGGGCAGGCAGCGCGCCGCUCCUCACUCCUCCUCGUUCCCUCCGACUGAGGCUCCUCUGCAGACUCUUCACAUGGACGUGUGGGGCCCAGCCCGCGUCCGUGGACAGGGUCACGAGCGUUACUUCCUGCUGGUCGUUGACGACUACUCGCGUUACACCACAGUCUUCCCCUUGCGCAGCAAGGGUGAGGUCCCUAAGACGUUCACGCUUCCGGCCUCCCCGCAACAAAAUGGGAUUGCUGAGCGCCGUAUUGGCAUGGUCAUGGACGUCGCUCGUAUGUCCAUGAUCCAUGCGGCUGCUCCCCAUUUUCUGUGGUCGUUCGCGGUUCAGUACGCUGCGCAUCAGAUCAACCUUCAGCCUCGUGUCUCCUUGCCGGAGACCACACCUACUCUGCGGUGGACAGGGAAGGUUGGCGAUGCGUCCGCGUUCCGUGUCUGGGGAUCUCGAGCUUUAGUCCGCGAUACUACAGCGGACAAGCUGUCCUCCCGUGCCGUUCCCUGUGUCUUCCUUGGCUUCCCUCCUGACGCACCCGGGUGGCAGUUGUACCACCCCACCUUGCGUCGUGUUCUGUCCUCUCAGGACGUCACGUUUGACGAGUCGGUGUCGUACUACCGUGUGUCCCAGGUAGACCCUGCCGAGCCGGUCGAGGUAGCUGUCGACUCAGGUGCUGCUAGGGGUGCUGAGCCUGCGGGUGCGGGGACUGGGGGUGCGGGGACUGGGGGUGCUGAGCCUGAGCGUGUGGAGCCUGGGGGUGCUGAGUCUGGGGGUGCUGAGUCUGGGCGUGCUGAGCCUGGGGGUGCUGAGCCUGCGCGUGCGGAGUCUGGAGGUGCUCUAGGUGUCCCGUCGCGGCGGGAGCCUCUCUCUCCACAGCAGCUUCGUGAGUGGUACUCUCGGCGCUGUCGAGGUGCUGCUGGUGCUGCUGGAGCUGCUGGAGGUGCUGUUGGAGCUGCUGGAGGUACUGCGGGUGCUGGUGCUGCUCCUGGAGCUGCUGGAGGAGCUACUGGAGCUGCUGGAGGUGCUGCUGGUGCUGGAGGUGCUCCUGGAGCUUCUGGAGGUGCUGCUGGUGCUGACGCUGCUGGUGGUGCUGCUGGUGCUGGAGGUGCUGUUGGUGCUGGAGCUGCUGGAGGUGCUGCUGGUGCUGGAGCUGCUGGAGCUGCUGGAGGUGCUGCUGGGACUGGAGACCUUGGGGCUGAGGGUACCGGUUCUUCCCAGUUGCAGUUGCACCCGGCCUCUCCACUGCCUGGUCCUUCUCCUUACUCUGGACCGACUAGAGGUCUUACGGAGCGUCGUGAGCCUGAGUCUCGUCCUGUGUCGCCUGCGUCUCGUUCUGCGUCGCCUGUCCGUACUGUUCGCGCUGGUCGUGUUUCGCGUCCGCGUCCUCCUCCUGUCCCUGGCACUCAUUCUAUGACUCUUCGUCCUUCCACUGCUCCGCCGCGUGUCCCUUUGCCGUCUCCUCCUGCGUCCUCUCUUCCUGCCGGUCCGGACCCUGCGUCUGACUCCCUACGUGCUGCUAGUCCAGCUGUCACGCAUUUUCUGGCCACUGCUGUCACUGACCCUUUACAGGAGGAGUUUGAGUGCUUUGCUGCUUCUAUACCUCAUCUCGUGUCCAUGCUGCUUGCCCCUGAGGGAGACCCGGAUGCACCAGACAUCCCGACCCCACGCUCUUACGCAGAAGCGAUAGAGGGUCCCUACUCCUCUCAGUGGCAGGCAGCCAUGGACGCCGAGAUGGCUUCAUGGAAGUCCACAGGCACCUACGUCGACGAGGUUCCCCCGCCUGGGGCGAACAUCGUCAGUGGCAUGUGGAUCUUUAGGGUGAAGCGGCCGCCGGGUUCUCCGCCUGUCUUCAAGGCGCGUUACAUUGCACAUGGUUUCAGUCAGCGACAGGGAGUUGACUUCUUCCAGACCUUCUCCCCUACCCCGAAGAUGACCACUCUUCGGGUACUGCUGCACGUAGCUGCUCAGCGUGACUACGAGCUCCACUCGCUUGACUUCAGCACAGCCUUCCUACAGGGCAGCCUGCACGAGGAGAUCUGGCUGCGCCGCCCACCUGGCUUCACUGGGUCGUUUCCAGCUGGUACCCAGUGGAGCCUCCGGCGGCCAGUCUACGGUCUCCGCCAGGCACCCCGUGAGUGGCACGACACACUCAGGACGACUCUUGCAGCGCUUGGUUUUGCUCCUUCCACUUCUGACCCUUCUCUGUUUUUACGCACUGACACUACUCUGCCGCCGUUCUACGUUCUCGUGUACGUAGACGACCUCGUCUUUGCUACUGCUGACACAGAGACACUCGCCCACGUGAAGUCCGAGCUGCAGAAGAGACACACGUGUACAGACCUGGAUGAGCUGACAAGCUAUCUUGGCUUGCGGAUCACCCGGGACAGAGCACAGCGCACCAUUACCUUGACUCAGUCACACAUGGUGCAGCAGGUCCUUCAGCACUUCGGCUUCACAUACUCCUCGCCACAGUCCACUCCUCUGCCUACCGGUCACUCGCUCUCAGCUCCACCUUCGGACGAGUCCGUAGAGCCGAGUGGCCUGUAUCCAGAGCUUGUGGGCUGCCUCAUGUACCUGAUGACUUGCACACGACCUGACCUCGCAUACCCUCUCAGCCUUCUGGCUCACUACGUGGCUCCCGGCAGGCACCGAAAGGUGCACUGGGAUGCUGCGAAGAGGGUGUUGCGAUACUUGUGCAGUACAUCGGGAAUGGGGCUCGUGCUUGGAGGACGGGCUCGAGUUGUCCUCACUGGUCACGCUGACGCCUCCUGGGUUGACGAAUUGGCUACGCAGCGGUCGUCACAGGGUUACACCUUCAGUCUUGGCUCCGGUUCUGUCUCUUGGCGGUCUACCCGCUCUUCUUCUGUUCUCAGCUCCAGUUGUGAGGCUGAGAUCUACGCUGGGGCCAUGGCUGCACAGGAGCUACGCUGGCUCACCUACCUGUUGACCGACUUGGGAGAGGCGCCUCGUUCUCCUCCAGUUCUGUACGUCGACAACAAGGCCAUGCUGGCCUUGUGUCAGGAGCACAGACUGGAGCACAGAACGAAGCACAUUUCUCUGCGCUACUUCCUUGCUCGAGAGUUGCAGCAGCGUGGCCAGCUUCGUCUUGCUUACGUGGCCUCUCAGGCCAACAUUGCUGAUGUUUUCACCAAGGCACUUCAGCCUUGUGAUCAUCAGCGUUUCUGUAUUGUGUUAGGCCUUGUACCUACUGUGCCUCACUUGCUUUCUUCUUGA